GAAUCGAAGCGCUGAGCAACUAUAUGGUUAUUCAGCUGCCGAAGCUAUUGGGCAGGAUCUUCUUGAGCUGAUAACAGAUCCCAAGGAUCAUGCAGUGGCUAAAAUCAUUAUACACAGAGUGAAAAUGGGUGAGAAUUGGACUGGACAAUUUCCUGUGAAGAAUAAGCAGGGGGACAGAUUUUUAGUAGUAGCGACAGAUACUCCACUUUAUGAUGAUGAUGGUACAUUUGUUGGUAUUAUUUGUGUAUCAAGUGAUGCGAGGCCUUUUCAUGAAUCAUCUGCGGAGGUGAAGCAUAUAGAAGCUGAUAAAAGUUCUGGUAUGCCUAGAAGCAUUGCUAAUGCAAGACUUGGACUUGAUCCACAGCAACCUCUGCAAGUUGCCAUUGCCUCCAAAAUAUCAAAUUUGGCUUCAAAGGUGAGCAACAAGGUUAAGUCAAAAAUGAAAACUGGAGAGGACAGCAUCCUUCGGAAAGGUGGAAGUGGAGAUAGUCACCGUUCUGGUCAUGCUUUUUCUGACGCUGCUCUAUUGGAUCAAAGGGAGGAUGCAAAUUCAAGUGGAGCAAGUACACCCAGGGGAGAUGUUCACAUUUCUCCAUUUGGGGUAUUCUCUAAUGUUGCAAAAGAGGAGCUCUCUAAAGAAAAAUCAUCGAGAGAUUCUGGAGAUGAGAGUGAGGGAAAACCUGGGAUCUCUAAGAUUAUAACCUCAAAGGCAGAGGCAUGGAUGGUUAAGAAGAACUUAUCAUGGCCAUGGAGAGGCGAUGAGCGAGAAGUAUCAGAGGCAAAGACUACCCGAUUUGUUUGGCCCUGGCUAAACAAUGACCAAGAUAAUGAGUGGAAUCAUUUCAAGAGUUCUAAUGCAGUAUCAACACCAGAAGAUCAGAUUAUUGAAAGUAGCCGUACAGCUACCAAUGAGGCUUGGGGAUCCUGGUCAUCAUCAUUUAAUGUUAAUAGCACAAGCAGUGCUAGUAGUACCGAUAGCACCACUAGUACUGCAGUUAAUAAAGUGGACGCUGAUACUGAUUGCUUGGAUUAUGAAAUCUUGUGGGAGGACAUGACAAUCGGAGAACAAAUUGGGCAAGGUUCUUGUGGAACUGUUUAUCAUGGGCUGUGGUUUGGAUCAGAUGUUGCGGUUAAAGUAUUUUCCAAGCAAGAAUAUUCAGAUGAUGUCAUAUAUUCCUUCAGACAGGAGGUGUCACUGAUGAAACGUCUCCGACAUCCAAACAUUCUUCUUUUCAUGGGUGCGGUAACUUCACCUCAACGCCUCUGUAUUGUGACAGAAUUCUUGCCACGAGGAAGUUUGUUUAGGUUACUACAAAGGAAUGCAUCCAAACUAGAAUGGAGACGGCGUAUUCACAUGGCUUUAGAUAUAGCUCGUGGCAUGAACUAUCUUCAUCAUUUCAACCCACCUAUAGUUCAUCGGGAUCUAAAGUCUUCAAAUCUUCUCGUUGACAAGAACUGGACUGUUAAGGUUGGGGACUUUGGUCUGUCACGACUUAAGCACGAGACAUAUCUAACAACGAAGAAUGGUAAAGGAACGCCACAAUGGAUGGCUCCAGAAGUUCUUCGCAAUGAACCUUCAGAUGAGAAGGCUGAUGUAUACAGUUUUGGAGUUAUACUAUGGGAAAUUGCCACGGAAAAGAUCCCUUGGGAUAACCUCAACUCAAUGCAGGUGAUUGGAGCUGUAGGAUUCAUGAAUCAGCGGCUAGAUAUCCCCAAGGAUGUUGAUCCACAGUGGGUUUCUAUUAUUGAGAGCUGUUGGCAUAGUGAGCCACAGUUACGCCCAGCGUUCCUCGAGUUGGUAGAUAAACUCAAGGAUAUACUGAGGCAGCAUACCAUUCAGGCGCAGGCAGCACGUAGCGUUGCCGGAGAUGGCAGCCAGAAGGAACUAUAGAUAAAGAUGUACGUUUGUGCUUGAGUUUCUGUCAAUCUGCCAGCAGAUACACUGAUAAAGCUGAGCCUUCAGUGGCUGUCUGCUUAGAAGUGUCAAUCAGAGCUCACAAAUUGCUUGUGUUGUCGGAUACAAAUUUGGUGAAAAUUGUAAAGCAGGCUUGACUGCGAGGAAACUUGAUAGAGGAGAUAACAGCUGUCACUUAUCGGUUUCGAGGAAGAACAUAAAUCCAAUAGGACAUUGCGUGUGUGAGAUCCAUUACUUGUCUCUGCAUCACACUAGCUCUCAGUGUUAAAUCAUCACCUCAAGUUUGGUCUGUGCCUUGUAACUUUUAGUUUGUCGAGGAUUCCAUAAAGGUCGUGGUCUAUCAACUAGGCUGUAUUUUAUUGAGGCUUAGAAAGAUCAUCUGUAACACGUCGUUUCUACUUCUAUUCUCCCUCCUCGCCUUUUUUUGUGGCCCUACUUUGGACUUUUCCGUCCUUCCUAACUUGGCUGACUAAAUGUUCUUUUUUCAUGUCUA